GGAAAGAUUGUUUUUCGUGUGAGCUCUGCUGGCUGUUAUCCGUCGCUCGUUGCCUUUGUGCCGUGGGAGAGAAAGAGAGCGCAGGUGUAUGGGUGUGUGCGGGCGCUAGAAGAAAGGAGAAUCAUCAUCGGUCCGUCGUCGAUUGCAUUUUUUUUCGUGAAACUGGUUUUUCUUUCGGUCCGUCGCGGGUUCAGAAAGGUGAAUUUUCAGUUUGCAAACCGUAACCGGUGUUACUGCUUUCUGGAAGACCGUCGAUUUUAGGAAGUUAAAAGUUACUGGAUUAUCGGCUGUGCGAAACGGAAAAAUCUAAACCUGAAAGUUUUCCUUUUCGUCUGUUCCGUUUGUUCUGCUGCUGCUGAGAAGGAAAAGUCAGUGAUUUUUCUAGGUGGUGUACGUGUGGGUGCGCGCCUGCCGUCCUAUCCGUACACGCAAUCGGUGAGCAACCGCGCCUAGUGUUGGUGUGUUUAUUCAUCGAGAGAUUUUCUGAUUAAUCAGAAGGGAAAUUUUUGCCGUAUCGGUCGGCUACCAAUGGCUGGAAAAGCUGAUUUUCCGUGUUCCAAAGGAACCUAAAUUGAAAGUGUUCUGUGUUUUUAGCCCUGUUAUCUGCUGUUACAAUACUAAAUGAUCCAGCAAUUGUGAAUAAAUUUCAUAUUUCCUAGUGGUAUUUUUGGUGUUGGUGAAUCAAAGUGUUCUAUCUAUUUUUAUGGCGCACAGAAUAAGAGGAAAGUGACCAUUUGAAAAAUGUUUUUUAAUUGUGAACUGGUUUUAUAACCGUAUCGAAAAACAUAGCCCACAGGUGAAUGUACCAAUUUCUUGUGGUAUUGCUUCAGGCAAUACAGGAAAGCUUAGGAAUUGUGCAAAUUUUUUGCGAUCGAGUUCGCUUGUAAUUCCGGGAGUGCUUACAAAAGAAGAAGAAACCCUGGUGUAUGAAGUUGCGAAUCAAGUCAGGCCUCUGCCUUCUCUCUGUUGGUGGAAUAAAUGUUCAUCCCGUCACAGUGUUACCACUGAAAAGGAGAAAAUAACACAAAAACACGCAAAACUCACACAGAUUUAAUCGUUCGUGGUUGAGCAGUAUCCCACGACGACAGCGGCAGAAACUUAAAACCGUCAGCAUAAUCAUCCAAGUCAGCGCUAUCAUCGAGGGACAACGUCGACGACGACGACGACUACUCCGAUUACGUCAAAAUGGCGCAUCAAAUGAUGCCCCAGUCAGUGAACUGCUCACUGGACGAUAUCGAUCUAAAUGCUUUGAAGGAUCCAGCUGGAAUCUUUGAGCUGAUCGAAGUUGUUGGAAAUGGAACCUACGGACAGGUUUAUAAGGGUCGCCACACAAAGACUGGACAACUCGCUGCCAUUAAGGUGAUGGAUGUCACCGAGGAGGAGGAGGAGGAAAUCAAACUGGAGAUCAAUGUGCUCAAAAAGUACUCCAACCACCGAAACAUUGCCACGUACUAUGGUGCAUUUAUUAAGAAAACGUCAGCCGGCAAGGACGACCAGCUGUGGCUGGUGAUGGAGUAUUGUGGAGCCGGUUCCGUCACCGAUCUGGUCAAAUCGACCAAAGGCCAAAGCUUGAAGGAAGAAUGGAUCGCCUACAUCUGUCGGGAAAUCCUGCGGGGGUUGAGCUAUUUGCACACGAACAAAGUGAUACAUCGAGACAUCAAGGGUCAGAAUGUGCUGCUGACAGACAAUGCCGAGGUCAAGCUGGUGGAUUUCGGUGUAUCAGCACAGUUGGACAAAACCAUCGGUCGACGAAACACGUUCAUCGGAACGCCCUACUGGAUGGCACCGGAAGUCAUUGCCUGUGACGAGAACCGGGAUGCUACCUAUGACAAUCGGUCCGACCUGUGGUCGCUAGGAAUAACCGCAUUGGAAAUGGCAGAGUCGCAACCUCCGUUGUGCGAUCUGCAUCCGAUGCGUGCCCUGUUUCUUAUUCCUCGAAACCCGCCACCUCGGCUGAAGUCGAAAAAGUGGUCCAAAAAGUUUCACGGCUUCAUCGACACAGUGCUUGUUAAAGACUACCACCAACGACCUUAUACGGAGCAGUUGUUGAAGCACCCAUUCAUCAAGGAACAACCUACAGAAAGACAAGUGCGAAUACAGCUGAAAGACCAUAUCGAUAGGUGUAAGAAACGUAAGCAAGAAAAAGAACGAGAUGACUACCGGUACUCUGGCUCGGAGAACGAGGAGGAGGAAGUACAGCCCGGGGAACCGUCCUCGAUUAUUCAAGCCCCUGGAGGUGACACUCUACGGCGGAACUUCCAGCAAAUCCAGGAAGGUCGGACGAUGCAGAAUGCUGAACAACAACAGCCACCAAAUGCGAACCGAAACCAGAAGCCACAGCAACGAGACGACCGAAGUAAACAGCAACCGGUUGAGGAACCGGGACCUCCUUCACGGCCAGCUCUACCUCAGCGUCUGAUAGUGGUUCCUGAUCCACCGGCCAAUGCCAAUGCCAACCGGCCGCUGCCUCCAACACCUCGGUCGAGCAGCGGAUCAUCCUCACAACCACAGCAGCCAUCAUCCCAGCAGCAAACGCCCCAACAACCGCCACGGAACUCUCAAAACAUUUUUAAACCAAUGUCUCAGCAGCAAGCACAGCCGGAAGCGCCGCCACGGAAUAACCGGCAACAGCAGCAGCAACAACAGCAACAGCAGCAGUCCAGCAGUACCAGUGCCAGCAGUGGUAAGCCGCCCGUGACCGCCGUCGCCGCCAACGGCAACAACAAUGGCAGCAGCAGUGGCGGCGGUCUCGGCAAUAACAAUAACAACAAUCACCACCACGCCCAACCGAUUAACCCGCUGGAUCCGAUCGAAAGUUCCGAUUCCGAUUCGGAACCGGAAGAACCGAACGAUCGGGCGCGCAACGACGGCACGCUGCUGGCCAGCGAUCCGCCGAAGCCACUGCCUGGCGGAUUGGGGGUACUCUCCGAGACGGAUCCACCUUCGACCACCACACCCGGAGGAAGCAACAACAGCGUCCUGUCGCCUCCAGGCAGCGGAAGCGGCGGAGGUGGACCCCCGAACAGACCACUUCCGCCGACACCGGACGAUGACGAUGCACAGGGCGAUCGAACGCUGAUCAAACGGAACUACGACAAUAAGUCGACUUCAUCAAUUGGGACAACGGCAUCAUCGGCCUCAACAGGAUCCACUCCGUCGGAAAGUGAGGAAGCCGUCCUGUUAAGGGAUUGGGAUUUUGAACGAUUCUUCCCAUCCAAUGAACGGCCCCGACCACAGCAACGUCAUUCCAUGUCGGACAAGUCUUCCUCCUCGUCGCCGGCAGAAUCCAGCAGCCGAUUGAACGGCUUUGACAAAUUCCGCAAGGAACGCGAAAAUAGUAAAGUUUCGAAUCUUGCCUUCGCCGAGAAGCGAAAGGUUGAGGAAAUGAACAACAAGAUUCGACUGGAGGAGCGAGUGAAAAGUGAAAUCUUUGCAAGGCAAUACCAAAAACAACAAUCUCCCGGAAAAUCUAGUCCUGGUUCGUCCACUAGCCAACAGAAUCCACCACAACCGCAACCGCAGUUCCUUAAGCAAUCUCACAAACGUCAGGACUCUGACUCUAAACUUUCUCUUAAUUUCGUACGAGGCUUUCGCCGAGAAAACUCUGACUUCUUUCCACUGUCCAAGCGUCACUCGGCUAUUUUGGGUGAUCAAAACGCACCUAGCAGUAGCAACGGAAGUGCCAAACAAAUGUCGACCAGUGCAGUCCAGCAACAGCAACGAUCCAGUGCCAUUUUCUCCCGUAACCGUACUAAGGGUGAACCAAUUCUUAUCGAUUUUACCGUAACGAAACGUGCCGACGGAGAAGUUAUAAGGUCAAGUACCCCACCGAAAACUUCGGUUGCAAACGGUUCGCAACAAUCCAGCGCUGCUCCGGUCCGGCAGGCUACUCCACAAGCACGCAACCUGGACUUCCUGCGACCUCGUCGGGAGAAAACCGAAUCGGUGAUUUUUGUGCGUAAUUCGCCAACGCGACAGCAACUGUUUGAUAGUCAGAACCGCGCCGGCGAGAACAGCAGUUUGGGUACACCAGGGCAACGAACCAGCAGUGUCCUGCCGGAUCUACUCAGUCAAGCAUCGCCAGCCACUCCGCCACGCCAUGACAAAUCAGCCAGUGAAGAGUAUCGAGCAGCCGUCAGUUCCUCUGCCCAUUCCACACCAUCCAAGUCCUUCGUUGGCGUCGCGAGCGUCGGCGCCAUCAACAGUAACAACAACAGCAACAGCAAUAACAUUUUUAUCCAUAGCAGUAACAAUCAUAACAAUAGUAACAACCACCAGCUGCUUCACAGCCACGGCGCUGGUGGAGGUGGUAAUGGCAACUCGUCGCCUCAUUCGACGGUGUCGAAUUCGUCCAAUUCCUCCCGCCACAACAGUCCCAACCAUUCGAUUAACAUUAGAAAUCUGAACAACCACAAUAAUCUUUUGCAUAGUAGCAAUAAUAACAAUCAUUUACCUCCCUAUCACCAUCAUCUACAACAACAAUUGUUGCACCAUCAACAAUCGUCACAACCCGCAUCGUUGAACUCCGUCUCCGGUGGACACGGUGGUGCCGCUCCGCCACUGCCCCCGUACGCGCUGGCCUUGCAACAGAAGCAGCGAAGUUUCCUCACGUUCGGUUUCAGCGCCGGCUCCGGCGGAUCGAGUGCAGCCCGACGGGAGAGCCACGUCAACGUCAAUGUUACGCCCACAUCGCACGAUGCCGCCAGCGAUACACCGGAAAUCCGCAAAUACAAGAAACGCUUCAAUUCGGAAAUUCUAUGCGCCGCCCUGUGGGGCGUCAAUCUGCUGAUUGGAACCGAAAACGGUCUCAUGUUGCUGGAUCGGUCCGGACAGGGAAAGGUCUAUCAACUGAUAUCGCGAAGAAGAUUCCAGCAGAUGGAGGUACUGGAAGGUCAAAACAUUCUGGUCACAAUAUCCGGCAAGAAGAAUCGCGUUCGAGUGUACUAUUUGUCGUGGCUCAAAUCGAAGAUCCUGCGAACCGAUGGGAUGGGCGAUCAACAAGUGGAACGCCGGAACGGUUGGAUCAACGUGGGCGAUCUGCAGGGUGCAGUCCACUUCAAAAUAGUCAAAUACGAACGCAUCAAGUUUCUGGUGAUUGCGCUCAAGGACUCGAUCGAGAUUUAUGCCUGGGCACCGAAACCGUAUCACAAAUUUAUGGCAUUUAAGAGUUUUGGUGAGUUGAUGCAUCGUCCUCUACUUGUUGACUUGACCGUAGAAGAACAAACUCGGCUGAAGGUGAUCUAUGGGUCGGCCGAGGGAUUCCAUGCAGUUGAUCUAGACUCAGCUACCGUUUACGAUAUCUACCUUCCUAAACAUACUCAGGGUCCAAUUUCGCCACACUGCAUCGUAACGUUGCCCAACUCCAACGGCAUGCAGCUGUUACUCUGCUACGAUAACGAGGGUGUUUACGUCAAUACGAUGGGCCGGGUGUCGAAAAACAUUGUUCUGCAGUGGGGCGAAAUGCCGACAUCAGUGGCGUACAUCGGCACCGGGCAGAUUAUGGGCUGGGGCAACAAGGCAAUUGAGAUCCGUUCGGUAGAAACCGGCCACCUGGACGGAGUCUUCAUGCACAAGAAAGCCCAGCGACUCAAGUUCCUGUGCGAGCGGAACGACAAGGUGUUCUUCAGCAGUGCCAAAGGUGGUUCAUCCUGUCAGAUAUACUUUAUGACGUUGAACAAACCCGGAAUGGCCAACUGGUAAUGGCGGGCAUCUGAACUCGCGUGCGACGUGUGAAUGGGCUACAUCAAUAGUUGGUUGAGUGCUUGAGUUAGUGUAGAGCAAAACGAUUACCCAUAUAUUAUUAUACAAGAUGCAAGAAAAAAACACUGUUAAGGUAAGUCAUUUAAUGGUGUUUUGCAAAAUAGUAGGAGUUCUGGUUUUCUUCUCCCGCAUGUAAGCUGAAGCUGGAUCUGCGUAGUAUAUACAAGCACAGAAAGUAAAUCAUGUUAGUGAGACAAGUGUAAAGCAAAAGUCGUAUAUAUUAAUUAUACUAUUAACAGAGUAAGCGAAUAGAACAACACGAAUAGUCCUUUAUUAAAUGGUUUUCAAAUCCCUUCCCGGUGCAAUGGAAAGAAAAGCUCCCCCACGUAGUGUGGGAGAACCAAGAAAAGACAUUUUCCAAGUCAUUCUCCCCCUACAAGCAUUCAAUAUAAAUCCGCUUUUCCUGAGUAUAGAUAGAUACAAGACACACAUCCGUGGUCUACGUGUCCUCUUGCACUUGGCACACAUCGAAAUGAAUCGAACAGCAUUUGUUUAAAACCCAUUUUUCGUUUUGUGAAUUGGUGAAUCCCGUUCGUCACACUGCGUUUUAUUGUAUGUUAAAAGCGGUAAAUUUUAAUGCGAUUGCUACUGUGCGAAAUAGUUGUCCGCUUAGUUUGCUGUAAAUAAAAAUAACGAGUCGCAAUACGAACACAUUUACCACUCUUUUUUAUUCUACCCAAGCAUUUCAGCUCCAUGACUGUGUCAACUGCUAAAGAAAAGUUUACUGAACAGCUCUAUUUCUUGCCGAAAAUAUUUUACCGUAGUAGAAUUUAACCACAGUUAUCAGUAUUUUCGUUGGGUAAGCUGUUCAAAUGAUAAUUUGAGUUUUAUUGCACCCUUAUGAUAGUCUUUUGAUAAAUUUCAUACAUAAAAACCUUUAUAAGUAUACAAUAAAACCCACAUUGUUAUUGGGCAAGUUGCUCGAAAAAUACAAUUGUGCAUUUCUGAGAAAAAUUGUUUUAUUCAUUUAUGAUUUUUUUUAUAUUAGAGUGGUUUUAACCCAGAGGGUCAUUCACCAACAUUUAUGAUUUCUUAGAAAACAAUUUCUGUAACAUGUAACUAGUUCAAGCAUUACUUACGAAAUUUUGGACAAAACCAAUUUGUCUUCUGGCUUCCUUUUUCUUGCUCUUGUUCUCAAGAUUUACAAAUGUUUCCAUUUUUUAAGACGACAGGCUGAAAAUCUCAAAUUUCUAAUUUCUAUUUGUUACGCUCAACAAGUGCCAUUUUUUAUCUGCUUGUUUAGAUUCCUUCAGUGUGUUAACUGUUUAUUUUUAUUUGUGCAAUAUAAAUUUUUACCAGAAAACCAUCGUAGACCCCGUACUAUCGAAUUCCGGGUUCCGAUAACCUUUAAUACUUUUCUUUUCACGGUGAAGACUUUUCCUUUCCUUGAUAAUCUUCCUUUCCUUGAUAAUCUUUAAAUACAGUAAAAGUCUGAAAAUGCAGUCACUCUCAACAUUCGAGUAUAUUAGUAAAUUUCGAACAAAGAAUUGCACUCAUUGAAAAAACGUGGUUAAAUAAAAUCAAACUAUAAGAAACGAACAGCCCAUUUAGCAGAGGAAUGUUUAACGAAACAAAUAUUAGAAGAUAAUACAACAAUAGAUAAUUGUAAGACAGAAAGCUAGCAACAUUUUUUUGAACAAAUCAAAUACAAAUCCAAUCAAUCGAAACGAUAGAGGAAAGAACUGUUAUUGAGUUUUGUCGCCAUACAGCAAGAAUGAGAAUCGUGUAAUGAAAUAAAUGCCUUCAAACAAUAUGAAACCAGAAAAAACACAGUGAUAGGAAUAUUACAUACCCACACUCAUCUAUUUUAAGGUUACCUUGGUUAUUCACUUACUCCCCCCACCAAGAGAUAUCCAGCUAGACUCUUGUUCCAAACUUACCGCUCGUUACUCGUCAUUAUAUUCCUCAACCACAACAAUCGUGUGCUCAUACUUAUUACCCGACGCAUUUCACUCAUACCAUACACAAGAAACAAACAAACUCACGUACACUCAUAAAAAGUAUUCUUAGAGGAAACAUUUUAUCUCUGUCAUAUCUUCAUUAUUAGCCGUGCGCUUAAUUUCGCAGAUAGCAAAUAAUCUGGAAUAGAAUAUAGCGUCCCGGAGCUCAUACAUAUACACAAGUACACGCAAACAGUAAACGAUUUUUAUAAGCUGUAAGAAAAUAAAAAAGCAAAGGAAUGAAUCCUUCAUCACAAACACAAACACACACUCAUACAUUUUCGCAUACACCUACACUUUUAUCUACAGUCUAUCAUUAUUGAGCAAAAAAUUUAAUUAAAGAAUGGAAGCGACAAGUGCAGAACACGAGUCUUUUAAUAGAAAUACAAUUAUAAAUAUAUAAACGAAUUGAAAAUAAUUAUAUGGUAAUAACUAUAAAAAAAACACACACACUGCUGCUCGUUAGAAAUUACGCGGUACACACAUAACGACGGAUCAAAGCGACAGCGACAGAUCAGAGAGAAAAGAAAGCAAAGAAGGCCGGCAACAGCUCAACAACAGCUAAGCAGCAAAUCAAUCGCGAAAUGAAGAAUCACGAAGCUUGCGCACCGUUUGUCCGCUCAUUGUUUCCACCUUUUUGCAGCGCGCAGCGAAGCGUGACAAGCGGUGGUCGCACGCACGAAUAACAAUUAAAGAAAGAAAGAAGUGAAAACAACAGACGCGAACAAAACAAAACAAAUGAAGAAGAAAGUGAACACUGACGAGAGAGAAAGAGGGGUAUGAUCGGGGUUAAGAAGAGAAGUUUAGACAUUAAUAGGAAUAUUUAUAA